AGCGGCCUCCUUCGCCCGCGCCCUCGUUUCCAGGGGGCCUGGUUUGGUGCGACACCGCCGCAGCCUCCUCGCCGGCCGGAGUGGGAUGGCGGAGGCGCCGGCGGGCUCUCGACGCAGCGCCCUGCCGGGGGCGGCCUAGGCGCCAGUCACAGGAAGAUGACCAAACUUAAGGGAUUUGAGUUCUGGAAAAACACACUGAAAAGUGCCCGUUUUGUGGUUGCUCCCAUGGUGGAUCAGAGUGAGUUGGCUUGGAGACUGUUAAGCCGCCGCCAUGGGGCCCAGUUGUGUUACACCCCUAUGCUGCAUGCCCAGGUCUUUGUCAGAGAUGCCAAUUACCGUAAGGAAAACCUAUAUUGUGAUGUGUGUCCAGAAGAUAGACCUUUGAUUGUGCAGUUUUGUGCCAAUGACCCAGAAAUAUUUGUUCAGGCCGCCUUGCUGGCUCAGGAUUAUUGUGAUGCUGUUGACCUGAAUUUGGGGUGUCCUCAGAUGAUUGCAAAGAGAGGUCACUAUGGAGCAUUCCUACAGGAAGAAUGGGACCUUCUUCGGAGAAUGAUUAUGUUGGCUAACGAGAAGCUCUCUGUUCCUAUCACAUGCAAAAUCCGUGUUUUCCCAGAAAUUGCCAAGACUGUGAAAUAUGCCCAGUUGCUGGAAGAGGCUGGUUGUCAACUCCUGACUGUCCAUGGUCGCACUAAAGAACAGAAGGGGCCUCUUGCGGGUGUGGCCUCCUGGGAGCACAUACAGGCAGUGAGAAAGGCUGUGAACAUCCCUGUUUUUGCAAAUGGAAAUGUACAGUACCUGAAUGAUGUGGAAAAAUGUAUUCAGAAGACAGGAGUUCAAGGUGUCAUGAGUGCAGAGGGCAAUCUUCACAAUCCAGCUUUGUUUGAAGGAAGAAACCCUGUAGUUUGGGAAAUGGCUGAGGAAUACUUGGAAAUAGUACAGCAGUACCCUUGCCCUCUGUCCUAUGUCAGGGCUCAUCUCUUUAAGCUUUGGCAUCAUACGCUGCAAGUUCAUCAUCGGCUGCGUGAUGAAUUAGCAAAAGUGAAGUCACUGGAUGGACUUAUAGCUGUUAACCAAGAACUGAAGUUACAUUGCCAGAAAGAAAUAGCACAAUUGAAGGAAGGCGAGAAUCCACAAGGAGGAUUGCCAUUCUUCCAUUGGAUUUGUCAGCCAUAUCUCCGACCAGGGCCCAAAGAGACAUGCAAGGAAAAUGGCGCUAGUAGGAUUGAAGGAAGUACACGGGGAAAGCGAGCUUUGGAAGAUGAGGAAGAUGGGACCUUGGAUUCUCUUUCAAAGAACAAACAAAAGAAGAAAUUAAGAAAUCCUAAUAAAAGCUUUGAUCCAUCUUUAAAACCUAAAUAUGCGAAAUGUGAUCAGUGUGGAAACCCAAAGGGUAACAAGUGUGUAUUUAACUUGUGUCGAGGAUGCUGUAAGAAAAGGGCUUUUAGAGAAACAGCAGAUUGUCCAGGCCAUGGGCUGCUUUUUAAAACCAAAUAUGAAAAAAGUCUUUUGUGGAAAAGUGGGCAAUCCAGCCUGGAAAAGAUUGAAGUGAAAACACAGGAAGCUGAGGUAGAGGAGGCUCUGUUGCUAAAAGAAGCUAUUGAUGGUGUUGCAUGAGGCCUUGGUACAUCCUCCUGGAUUUGCGAACUGGCUUCCGUCUCCCCUUCUGGGCCAAAGAAAUCCCUGCUUCCAGAACACAAGAACGUGACGCCACAGAUCAAAUGUGAGAGGUUUUAUUAAGGAAAAAUUUCUUUUCUCAGGGAAAUGUCCUGUAGUGGAAAUAAAAAAGGAUGCAAAGAAAGCUUUUUCACAAUGUGUUUAAAAGAUGUCAAAAGACUGAGCAAGAAACAUCAGCCUCAAUAUGCUGCAAUGGGGACAAAUUAAAGAUAGCACCUGCCUGUUUAAAAUUUUGUGUGUGGUUUAAAAUUGAUGAUUCUUUUAUAUAAGAACAGGGGUUUUUGGAAUAUAAUAAAGGGAGCAUUCAAGAUGUAGGGCAACACAAGUGAGGAGUUCAGUUGAGGUCAGCAUUCCAGAGCAGGCUGGAUGAUCGCUGCUCAGAGUAAACAGUCAUGCUCUAAUCAUGAACAAAAAUAAGUCAUGUGAUUUUUCUGACAUAAACAAUUGUAAUUCCCCAACCCUGAGGAACUAACAGAAAGCAAGAAAUAAUUGAGCAAAAAACCUACAGAAUUAGGCAAAGCAUAACUGGAAAAUGUGAAAUUGUUAGCUUUUUAGCACUGUGUAAUUAAUAACAUAGUCAUGAAUUAAGUGAAAAUACAAUUUAGUCACUUUAGUUGAAAAAACUGUGUUAGAAAUUCUCCAAUUUAGGGAGGCAAACCGGCCUUGAUGCAGAAGUGUUGGCCUGCCUCCUUGCCGCGUCUGACCCGUUCCCUGCAGAACCUGUCAGGAGCUGCCAAUCCUACCACUUUCCUGUCAUCUUCCUUGAGGGAUGGGUCCAUUCCACUUCUGUGGUGUCAUGAGGUGGGAUUCCCCUCUACUACCUUGCCCCUUGCUUUCUUGAGCUCUUUAUUUUAUAAUUUUUAAUAAUAUUUGCAUUUUAAAAAAUUAACCAUUGCUGGAACUUGUUUAAAAAAUAAUUUAAAAAUGACAGAGCAGCAGAAAUGUUAUGAGGCUAUGUGGAGGUGCGGUUAUGGGACCAAGCAUUUACAAACUAGCUCAAUUCCACAAAUGGAGACAGGUGUGAUAACAAGGGUACUCAUGCCGGUAUGUAUCUGGUGCCAGUGAUCAUACAACUGCCGUGGAAUAGCAGCUUUGUGCUAUAAAGUCUUCAAUUGAUUUUAACUGAUUAAUUCUUUUUAGUGUAUUUUCCUGAGAUAAAUAGUUCAGUUCUAAACCAGAUAUCCAAAAAGGUCUUACGCUGCUUAUGUUUUCAUAAGUAUGUUGAGAGAACUGCAGAUGUGCAACCCCUUUCUAUACAGAAAAGGAGAUCCUCCAGGCUGUGGACCAAACACAGCCUUUGCUACCUCAUUCUCUUCUGUUGUGCCCUUCACUCUGCUUGGAGGUAAACUGUAUGAGUAUAAAAAGAUAUAAAGCAACCUCCAGCAUCCUUUUUGAGACUGAAAGAAAUGUGUAAAAUUAACUUUUGUGGAUUGCAUCACAUGCAUCUCAUGAAACAGACUGGGUUCUUUCUCUCACUCUCAAAGAUGCUGAAGGAUUCCUGCUUUGAAAGUAAGCAACCUUAUUUACUGUCUUGGCCUGUUCUCCAAUGACAAAGCAGAGUGUUAAAUCAUUACGUAAGUUGGGGGAAGAACAAUGGCUGGAUGCAAUUUUUAAUCAUGUUGAUCAUGUACAUCUGUAAUUCAACUGUUUUGGUGUUCGCCACACCUGCUACUGAAGUGGAGACAUUGAUAGGUUUCAGUUGAAACGAGGCUCUUUAAAAUGUCUCACUCAUGUGAUACAUGUUUAUUCAGGAGUAUGCUCAUUGUAUUUUAAUACGACGAUCUGCAGACUGCUGGCAUACGCCCUGAUCAGGCUCAUGACCGGGUGAAAUGGCGCCGACAAACCAGUAAAGCGGCCCCCGCCAUCAAGCAGGACAAAUGCUGAAGAAGAUGCCCAUUGUGUUUUAAAAUAAUGACAAAGAAAAAUCAGUUUUGAAAGGUUCUUCAGAUGGAGAAAUGGUGCUGUAGAAGAUGUGCAAAAUAUGUUUUAGGAAAAAUACUGUAUAAAACCAGUCACUUUCA